GCUGCACUAUCUCUUUGGGCCAUAGUCCAGCCCAAUAUUGGCUUGGUUCACCCAAAGUCUGGGAACCACACUAGGGUUUAGCUUCUUGCCUAAACCCCUAAUCGUGUCGUGGGUUCAAGUUGCGCAGUGAGCAAAGGCAAAGCAAUGGCUUGGCGCUGUGGAUCUCUCUCUCGGUCGUUGCUCUCCGCCGCGAGAACGGUGCCAAAUCGUUCCUCUAUCUCUCGCCUUCACCACCCUUCCUCUUCUUCCCUUCGUUCUCAUCUUCUCCACUCUCGCCGCCCCCUCAUUAUAGUCCCUAGGGCUAUGGGAUUUCUCGGGUGCACGCAAUCGCUGAUGCCACUGCACAGCGCUGACGCCGCCGCUCGUCUCACUUCUCACAUUUCCGUCGAAUCUCGCGCUUGCUGCGAAUUGUCCCAGGGUACUUGAAUAGACUUUACAAACAGCACCAGUUGUGGUUAUAUGUAUGACUCGACGUAAAAUUGGUGGCUAAUGCUGUGAAGCAGGAAGCCUGUUGAUGUCUUGAUGUCUCUUUUCAAUACUUUUUGUGCCCUUGGUGGAGAUUCGGGUAGUAUAUUCGAAAAACAUUUCAAGUUUUCAUUCUUAUGAAAAAUAAAUAAGUAUAUCUAUUCUUCUUUUAGAAACUUCUCAAGCUAAUUGAAGAGCAUCAACAUUGUUUUUCUUUGUAUCAGAUAAUAAUAGCAUGGUCUAAGAUUCAAGUUAUAUUGAAAUUAAGUUCAUGUAUAGAUAUUAGUUGGCCUUGUGGAUGCUCGUUAUUAUGUGAGCAGUUGCUAUGGUUUUCUUUUGCUCUUGCACAAAAUCAAAAGGUUUUAUAAUGUUGGUUGAAUCAGAGUUGCUGUUUGAUAUUAUCAGGCCGUCGCCUACUUACAAGUCCUUUCUAUCUAUCUAUAUACAGUACAUACCGUGUAUCUUUGUCACACUAUGCAGUAUGCAUGGCUAGUGGAGGUCGAACCUGUACUGUAACUCACUUGGCUUAUCCAAGCAGGGGUUAAUGCAAUGUAUAUUAAACUAGUACAGUUUUAUGCAAAUGCCAUUAUUAAGAACUUGCUCAGCCUUCUUCCUUGACCUGGCUUCAGCCUCCGAGCAAGCCUCUAAUUAGUUUUGCCUCCUUUUCUUCAAAACCUAGUUAAGGUGAUGAUGGGACUAAUCUCAAUUUGUACGUUGAGCAGUUACAAAGCAGAUAGGCAUUCUUUUAUUUUGGGCAAUUUGGAUGCUUUCUUUAAAUGAUUGCAUUUUUGAGUCACUUUGGGUUUAGGUGACUCCGUGCGUUAGCUAUGCUUCCUCAACUUAGUUGAGUCUUGUGACACAUCGUCAAUUUGGUGUUGCCUCUUAUUGAAGUUGAUUGUGGUCAUGAGUAACAUUGAUUGAAUAAUAGUGAUGUUGAUAAUGCGUAGUUCAUGAGAAAUAAGUAGUGCUAUUAGACUG